GCAGCACAACCGGAGCCGCAUCCGACGCGACGGCCGCGGCUUUCACAACUAUGUACGUUGCGGCGCACGCACGCACUCACGUACCACCACCACCACCACCGUUACAACCAUUACCAUCGCCGCCGCCGCCGCCCGACUCACGGUGACUUCGCGUUCGCGUUCUUCUGUUGUUUUCUCUCCGCGCGAACCACUGAGUCUACGUCUGCGUGUACCCGUGCGACGGUCCAUGUCUAUGCGUGUCCGCCGUUCACUAGUCGUUUCUCUUUUCCGCGAACACAGCUGACGGCCUAUCUGCUGCCUACUGCUGUCGCCACCGCAAGUCCCGGCCGAGCCGCCACCAGCUCAACACGAACGCAUUGAACGGCCGUAGAACAGUUCUUCGGUUUCGUUUCCCGAAGUAUCGCGUCUCAGCUGCAGCUCGUUGCGCGCCACUAGGUUUCGGUAUACAUUUAUCACAUAGUCAUAUCGACGUGCCAGGUGUUUUCGCGCCUGCCUGUCUCUCACUCGUUCUCUCUCUCUCUCUCUCUCUCUCACUCUCGUCCCGAAGUGGGAAAAACAAAAUAAAAUCGCUGCCGUGAAAAAUUGCCAAGUGUCGCGAAUUCGUCGACGGUGACGUCAGACCCGUGUUGUACGCGACACUCGUUGGAAAACCGUGAAAGGCGAGCGUUGCAGCGAUUGCCCGCAUCGCCAACGCUGCUGUUCGACUCUGAUGACGGUUUGCCCACGUCUUCCGGUCACGCUUUUCCCGUCGAGUCCGCGUCUGACUGGCACGGAACAGUCGUUCGAUCCGUUCAUCGUACCGCGGUGCCCAGCUGAGUUUCGACGUCACGACUCGUUCUCAAGGGUUAGAUGUUGCCUCAACUUUUUAUUUUAAGAAAUGCCUGGAUUGAAAGAUAUGUCGAUGCAACAUCAAGAGAAUAAUAAAAAAAGAGAAUUAAACGAAAAACCAAUCAUGCCUUACCACCGAAACAGUGUAAAUUCAAAUGGAUACUCUACUGACGGAGGCCAGCAAAGUAUCGUUGGUGAAGAGAGAAACGGUGAUGAAAAUAAUUCGGCUCCAACCUACGUGAUAGAACAUUUAGCUACAUUUACAGUUUCUAAAAGCACUGGUAUAGUUUAUCCAGCAGAUGGCAUGAGAAGAUUGUUACAUUUAGAAAAAUCCAAUGGUAUUUGGUCACAAAAGAUGCAACUUCGCCUCGAUCAAUCUUGGGUAUUAAUAAUGGAUUUUGAAACAGGAGUUGUAAUGGAACGAUUUCCAAUUUCUUUAGUCAAAGAACCAACAGCAUUUACAAGUAACGAUCCAAUGGAAAUUUAUAACAACAUUCUAGUAUUUGUGGUUGGCCAAGUUGAUUCGCGGUCAGAGAUGCACAUAUUUCAAUGCCAAAGUGUGCCAGCACAAGAACUAGUUGAAGAUUUAAAACUAUUGAGAUCCGGCAAAGGAAUUAAUAGAAAAUCUAGACAUGUGCCACCACCUCCUCCGACACCCCCACCAAAUCCUCCAUUAAACGGUGUUAGUGUUCGAGAGCAAGUAUCUGUUUUUAAUGCUGUUGCACACCAUUCUGAUAAUACUACUCGAGUUGAUGAUGAAACAAGCUCUACGUCCAGCGAAAAAUAUGAGAGAGAUGUUAUAGUACUGAAUCACUGUUUUGAUGAUAUUGAGAAAUUCAUUGCUAGAUUACAACAUGCUGCAGCUGCAUCUAGAGAGCUGGAACGCCGAAGAAGAAACCGAAAAUCCAAAAAGAAGGACAUAGGUGACGGAAUGCUUACAAUGCGAGCCAAGCCACCUCCAGAAAUUGAGUUUAUUGAUAUUUUUCAAAAAUUCAAACUCUCAUUCAAUCUCUUGGCGAAAUUAAAAGCUCACAUCCAUGAUCCGAAUGCCCCAGAACUCGUACAUUUCUUGUUUACUCCAUUAGCAUUAAUUGUUGAUGCAUCCCAUGACACGCAAUAUAAACCAAAUAUUCCGUCUAGAGUUGUAUCGCCAUUACUCACAAGAGAUGCAAUUAAUCUCUUGAUGAACUGCGUUACAAGCAAAGAAACUGAGUUAUGGCAUUCACUUGGUGACGCGUGGCUUAUUCCAAGAGAGCAAUGGAAAGGCUAUGUGGCUCCUUACCAUCCUAUUUUUAUGGAUGGUUGGUCACCAGAGUAUCCAAUUCCAGUUUCUGAUGAUCAUUUAACCAAUGUACCAACUGCCGGUGUACCAGAAUCAAAGAAAUCGAGAGAUGAAGUUAAAAAUUCACAUCCAGACGGAGAAUUACGAGAUACUCAAUAUCAUCAUCGAGAUCGAGAACACGCAGUGGUUGGUGAUGACAGUAGUGACUAUUUUGAAUACGAACAAGAACAACCAGCUAUGAUGGGUAUUAGACCACAUUAUACAUUUAACACUAGUGGAAAUUAUGCUGGACACCACCAAGAGCAGUUUGGACCAGAUGAUAGGGAUGAUUCACGUAGUUUAGAAGGGGAGUCUGAACCUGAUUUUAAUACGUUGUCGCUUCAUAGUCCACCAAGAAUGGAUAAAGAACGUCCAGAUAUAGCGGCACGUAGUGACAUAUCUGCUGAUUCAAUUGAGCGUAAUAACACCGGUGGUCCGGGCAGUGAGCGGUUUGAAAGAGCACAGGCUAGAUGGUUGGAAGAUAUGAGAGCUCGUGGAGUGAAAAUAGUUCAAGUCACUUAUCCCAGAACAGCAAACAAUGACAAGGAACUAUCUGUUGUUCGCGGUGAAUUAUUAGAAAUUUUGGACGACAGCAGAAAAUGGUGGAAAGCUCGAAACAACCGCGCACAGGUGGCUCACGUGCCUCAUACUAUUGUAACGCCAUUUAAUCCAAUGUUGGAUGCUAACGAUAUAUUUACAAAUCCAGUGUACGCCAAAGGUUAUGAUAAGAGAUCGACCUCACAGUCACAGAAUUACUCAUUGCAAGAAUCCAUGAAAAGUGAAUUUGUUGACCAAAGCAUGAGUUCUGAGCCGUCUAGAAGUGCUUCUAUAGUACCACCACCAGUACCAGCACCAGCUGAUUGGGUACGAAAGGAACGGAUUGGUAAAAAAGGAGAAUUCCGCUAUUUUUAAUAAAAAUAUUGACGUAAUUGAACUUAAUUGACAAUAAUUUUUUAUUAUACUUUUAUUAUUAUUCUU